AUGGUGGAUAAUUCUUUAUCAGAGGACAAUCCAAGAAAAUUUGAUAGCGAUGUCCUAGAUCAUUCUUUACUAGAAAUAAGUGAUGUAUUAGAUAAUUUGUUAUUAUCAGUACUGUCAGAAGGCAAUUCAUCUGAUAAAAAACAAAUUAAUGAUAAUUUAGAAGAAAAGAGCCAUAAUUCAGUUCAUAUAAAAUCAACAAUGCACUUAUCUGUUCAUGAUAACAACUAUUGUGAAACUGCGCCUGUAUGCGAUGUUGACUAUCGUGAUUUAAAAAUAUUAAGGUUUGUGGCAAACGGAGGCUUUAGCGACGUUUUCAAGGCACAAUGGAAAGAGAAAUUUGUAGCAGUGAAAUACGUUAGUCGUGAAAAUCCUAUACAAUCAAGAGACUUUGACCGCGAGGUGGCUUCCUUGAAAAAGUCUAAGAAUUGUAAAAAAUAUAUCAUCCAAUUCUUCGGAUUAGCUCAAGAAGUCCGAGGUGUACAAGCUUAUGUCGACCCAAUAUUAUUAGACAAAGGCCAAAAUUUUAAUCAUAUAAACGAAAAAUCUUCUGAUAUUUAUAGUUUUGGCGUCCUUAUGUGGGAAAUCUAUACUUGUCGCCCACCAUUUAAUGGUAGACGUGAUAAUGAAUUAUUUUAUAGUCUUUGGAAAGGCCUAAGAGAAAAGCCAGAAAUAGGAAUGCCUUUGGAUUAUAUAAAAAUAUAUGAAAGUUGCUGGGUCCCGGAUCCUUCAAUUAGACCCGAAAUUUCUAAAAUCUUGAAUGAUUUGAAUAAUCUUAGACCAGAACCGAGAGCUGACAGAAUUUAUAUAAUGAGAAAAAAGACUUAUAACAUCUUACCGAUAGAGAUACAAUAUAAUCCGAAAUUGCCUAUAAUCAUUGUAGAAGACAUCGAUGAUAUUAAAAUACAAGAUGAAAACUUCACAAAAAACAUGCAAAUAUUCAAACAUACAACAUCAGAUAUAGAACAAUCUAUCACUUUGGAAACGUUCACACCAUUAUUCGAAGAAGUUUGUCAACUUGAAAAUAAUUUGUUGUCGUUUUGUAACGUGCAACUUAAUACAAAAAUAUUCGAAUCAUUAAGAGAAUGUAUUAUGGAGAUUAGUUACAAUGUAAAGAAACUUAAGCUAAGGAAUAACAUUGAUUCAUUUGCAACAUUAAAGAAUUAUAUUUUCUUUCAAAAGCUUUUGCAAAAUAUUACGAAUAUCAAAGAUUUUAUUUGUAAAGUUUCUCAAAUCAAUGAAUUAAGACCUUAUGUUCAAAAAACUGAUCAUGGUAUUUCAUUAAAACAACUAAAAGAUAAAUAUGAUGCGUUAUUAGAAGAAUUUAAUGAUACAAUGUCGUCUCUUGGGUUUAAAUCUCAAAUAAAUGAACAAGUUGAUGUACUUAAUGAUAUUAAAGAAACAGAGAAGUUUAUCCAAACGUUUCAAUGUAAUUUUAAGGACGAUAACAACACCAUGUUUGAUCUUAUUGACCAGAAAAUUAUUGAUAUUCAGAAUAGUGCUAUUAACGAUUUUCUUAUUCCGAUAAAGUUUUUAAAUGAACUUGAAAAUGAUGAUAUCAGGCACGAAAAAUAUAACUUUUCGUCUGAUUCGCAUGAAAUGAAAAUGUUGCGUAUUCAAAUUGCACUUUUAAAAGAUUUAAAUGGUUUAGCAAACAUAUCAAAAUUUUAUGGAAUUACGAAGGACGAAUCAGGAUCAAUAAGUAUAUAUUCAGAAUGGUCAAAACAUGGAAAUUUAAAAACAUAUUAUAAUCAAUGCAAAUCUUUAAACGUUUCGGUUAAGAAAAAUUUUGCAUUUGACAUAUGUAAUGGAUUGGUAUUUUUAAGUGCCGUGAACAUUUUACAUCGAAAUAUCAAAUCUGAAAACAUUUUGAUCACAAAUGAUCAUAAGGCCAAACUUACAAAUUUUUGUUAUAGCCGAUUAACUGCAAAUGAUUCGAGGAAGAUACACCUCAAAGAUAAUAAAAUAGGAAUAGAAUACGUAGCACCGGAAAUAGUAGAACGAAGCACACACACUCAUUCAUAUCCAGAUUUAAAUCAACUUACAUCUGACAGAAAUUAUGACCGCAGGAGCGAAAUUUAUAG